AUGGGAAUUCCCGAGAAUGACGAUGUUGACCUUCAUGAAUUUUGGUGCAACUCGUCCGACAUACCAUCCAUGCCCCCCUGCCUCGCCACCGACCGUGAUGGAUUUUUACUAGAUCCAACUACCGAGGACCAGCCUGUUGGGUCUAUCGCUCCGACACCACUUCCGAUCGAGUGUAUUCUCUUUCCUGACCCCCAGAAUCUUCAAGCGGGCUUCGUGUGGCCGGGUCCAGAUCCUCUAUCGCACACCACUGAAACCGACGACAUAUUGCUCUAUAUGUCGGCAUUUGUUCCGGCCAGACUACUGCAUUGGGUGGAGAUUCAUCUUACAGGGCUAGAUCGGAUCACGGGCGAAACAAUUGAGGAGCAUUUGUUCCUGUCGGGACAUAUCCUCCCGUUGGAAUAA